AUGCCUCCCCCGAAGCUGAGCUUGAAGAACGUCAAUGGAAUGGUGGUUUAUGGAAACGAGAUGCCUCCCCCGAACCUGAUGCCUCCCCCGAACCUGAGCUUGAAGAACGUCAAUGGAAUGGUGGUCUCUGGAAACGAGAUGCCCCACCCGAAUCUGAGUUUGAAGGUUUAUGGAAACGAGACUUUAAUUCAUCCAUGACUGAAGGUGCAAUUAACAACUGUGUUUUAUUUACUAAUGAUACUGGUGAAAAUGGUGAAGAUUGUAUGCAAUAUGUUC